AGAGCAAUACUACAUACAGUCAUUUUUGCGUACUUUCUGCACACUCCAUUGAUAUGAUUGGUUAGAUUAAUUUUUUUUUAAUAUCCAACCAAUCAUAUCAUUGGAGUGCAUAAAAGAGUGCACAAAAAUGACUGCACAUAGAAUUUUUGUAACUUAAAUUAAAGGAAAACUCUUGGUAUAAGCGGUUUCAGUGCACCGAUGCGCACCGAUAUCCUACGCAGCUGUUUAUUUAAACGAUGCGUUGGGAGUAAAAAGGGAGCGGGAAUAAAUUUUGUUUGGAAGUGAGAUUUGGUAAUGAAUUUCGCUCGCUUCCCCCCCCUCUCUCUCUCCAUUCUCUUCUCUUCUCCUCCCCAUUCCCGUUCUUUGUCAAACACUUCUCCCCUCCCUUCUGAUGUCUAUCACUAGUCACUAUCACCGCGGAGUGUCUCUUCUCAAGUUUAUUAUAUUUGGGUUCCGAACCCUAACCCAAAAGAGGAGCGUUGCUAUUGCUUCUUCUCCGUGAUUUAUCGUAAUUAUAGGUUUUCUCUCUCUCUCUCUCUCUCUCUCUCUCUCUCUCUCUCUCUCUCUCUCUCCAUUGCUUCGUACUUCUUCUUCUUGGGUAACGGAGUUAAUCCUUUGCAAUUAAUCCGUUUCGCUGGGUAACGGAGUGUGGAAUCUGAAGUCUUUGGUCCCAAUCUAAUUUUUCGUUUGGAAUCAGCACCUGAAUGUGAAUUUCUGAUUUAAUUUUUUCUUCUUUUUGAAUCUCUAUAUCGCUAAAGUUUUAAUGAAGAUUGAGGAACAGUGGAGUAUGUAUUGUUUUUAAUCUGUGUUUAAUUAUGGGAAGCUUGUUUUACAGCUAUAUGGACUUGAAUCUGAUUCUUUUCAAAGGGGAAUAUUUUUCUAUUACUAAUUAUCAUGAAUUUCCGAGGUUCAUAUUGGUAUCUAAAUGCUUGUACGCAUAGAAAUGAGAAGGAUAUGUUACUGAUUAUGAAGUCAUAUUGACUUGUAAAAAUUAACACUUUUUCCUGUCACAAAAGAUAUGGAAUGGGUGGAUUUGGUUGAAAAAGUAAAAAAUGACAGUCUUUUGCUUUGGAAUUUACUUGUAGAGAGUGGUAUCUAUGAGAAAGGAUUGGGAGUUUUCGAUUCAUAAGUAGCAUACACUCAGGUUUUAUGCUUAUUGGCAUAACAUAUUUUUGCUAAGUGGUCUGGUUGUGCAAACUGAGCACUAGAUAUGCAAUCAUUGUUGUCAAGCAUCGUUCACAGCAAUGCACUUCUGUUUAAAAUGGAACAUGCACUUGCUGGGUCCAAUUAAUUGGUUCGUUCAUAUUAGUUUCAUUCUCUUCAAUUAGGUAUUAUUAAUCACACUUGUGGGGAUGUGUGUAUGUGAACUUGCAUUUGGUGGAAUUUUCCUUUUGGGAUAGAGAAGUCUACUGACUACAUUAAAAAAACCAGGAAAAUGUUUAUUUUUCUCUUCUUCUUUUUUUCCUAUUAACAUGCAACUUGAAGCUACUAAGUGUUUUAGUGGAAUUUCCCUUUGUUUUUUCAUGUUGGAGCAGGUAAGGAAGCCCUACACCAUUGUAAAACAAAAAGAAAAAUGGACAAAGGAAGAGCACCAGAAGUUUAUUGAAGCCUUAAGGCUUUUUGGUCGUGGUUGGCGUCAAAUCAAAGCACAUGUAGGCACCAAAAUUGCAGUUCAGAUUCGAAGUCAUGCUAAAAAAUUCUUCUCUAAGGUGGUCCGGGCAUCCAACAGCAACAUUGAAAACUCCAUUGAACCAGUUGAGAUACCUCCUCCAUGGCCAAAGAAGAAACGCUCGCAUCCUUAUGAUUUUAAUUCGUUUGAUUCUCCUAAUGGAAUAUCAUUAACAAAUCAAACUGAAAGGUCUCCAUUGCCAAAUUUAUUGGUGGCCAAGGAAGGCACCAAAUCAACUUGUAGUUGUGAUGACAAAGUUGUGUAUUUUGUUGUAAUGGACGUAGCCAGUUGUAUUUUGAUUUAAUGGACAUAGUCAUGUGUAUUUUGUUGUAAUGGACAUAGCCAUGUAUAUUUUGAUUUAAUGAACGUGGUCAUAUGUAUUUUUUUGUAAUGGACGUAGUCAUGUGUAU